GCUGAUUGCAACGGAAGCACAUCCACAAACGUGUGCACAUUGACAACUAACGUCAAUAGAGGGCAUCAAUCAACUUAUUAAAUUUGGCGGGAUAUUAAAACAAGUAGACGCAAAACAACUUGAAAACUUGUCACAGGUUUGGUCACGCUCAUUCGUUAGAUGUUCUACUCUUAAAUUAAUGAAAUGGCAAAUCUACGAGCUCACGUCGUUCCUGCGGAACGUCGUCGAGGAAUGGUUCUAGUCUGUGACGGCUACAGAUACCAGAAAAAUAAAACUAUUGCAGGAACAAAAAUCUACUGGCGGUGCAGUGUGCCAGCAUGUAGAGUCCCAAUACAGACCAACGAUUUUGACCCAGAUGAAGAAGUGAUCGUACUCGGCAACCAGUUCCCAGAGCACGCACAUCACCCUGAUAAUGAAAGACUUGACAGAUUUGACUUUCUUCGGGAAGUAAAGUCCAUCAUCAGAAGAGACCCAUCAAUUCCAACCAGAAGGGCAUACGACCAAGUAUUCGCCAUACUCCCCAUUCAUGAUAGGAUCAAUGUUCCUAUGUUCGAAGAAAUUCGAAGUUCCCUUCAGCGCUGCAGGGCAUCGUUACUCCCCGCUCUCCCACGUAAUAUUGCAGAAGUGAAUAUCCAGGGAACAUGGGCGGAAUCUUGGGAAGGAGACAGAAAGCUGCUAGCAAUAAACAAUGAUAUUGGAGUGGCUAUCUUCGCAAGCAGACAAGAACUCCAAAUUCUUGGACAGUGCAACGAAGUGUACAUUGAUGGCACUUUUCAUACAGCGCCUACCCCCUAUACCCAGAUCGUGACUCUUCAUGGUCGAUAUCGUGGAUGGGUUCUAGCCCUUGGAAUGUGUAUGGUCACAGGAAAGCGUGAAGAUCAGUAUAGAUACAUUCUGCAAGAAAUAAAGAGAGGAGUUCUUGAUGUCACAGAGGCACCAUUUACACCACAUAUGGUGAUCACCGAUUUCGAAGUGGGGCUAAUGAAUGCAAUCGGGACGGAGCUACCAAAUGCACGUAGGAGAGGAUGCUACUUUCAUUUUUGUCAGAGUCUAUGGCGAAAAGUUGCUGAGCUUGGCUUGAAGGUUGCAUUCAACGUAGAUCCUCUCCUGCAAAGAGUUGUGGGCAGGAUUCUGUCUCUCGGUCAUCUUCCGGUUGCACACGUUGCGAUGAACUUUCAGACAUACACCAACAGCAGACAUGUUCAGGAGAUGGUGCAGCAGUAUCCAGCACUGCGAACGUUCUUCGCGUAUGUGGAACAGACCUAUGUUAAUGGACCUGUCUUCUCAGUCCAUUUCUGGAAUGUGUACAACCGCACCAUGGAGACAAGAACAAACAACUACUGCGAAGCCUUUCACAACAGAUGGAACAAGUGUCUGGCUGUCCCACAUCCAAACAUCUGGCGUGUGAUACGUCGUAUCAAAGAUGAGGGUAGCAGAACCCUGAAUGUUCUUCAGCGCGUGGAAAGAGGAGAUCGUCUCCCCAGGAGAAGGAGGAAGUGGAGGGAGUUGGAGCGAAGGAUAACUCGAGUUCGGAGGGAAUUCGAACGAGGAGAGAGGAAUCUCAUUUCCUUAUGGAACGCCGCUGUGCACUUUAGCAAAACAUACAUUUAAAAUGUUUAAUAAGCUCACUUUU